CAAAUUUUCUGGAGUAAGUUUUAAUCAUGCAUCAAUUUAGAAAAGGAGAAAGAGAGAAAUUAACCACUAAAAGAAUCAAACCCACGCAUUCGGACGUGCCAAGAUGGAUGCCCCCACGCCGCUAUCAUGCCAAGAUAUCACAGACACACUGAGGGCCAUGAGGACGAUAGAUGACAAGAUAAUUUAUGAGCUGAACCUGGCCACCCCUACACAGUCCUUCCGCAGCGCUGUGGACCCCAGGACGCACUGCCAGGAGUUGUACACACAGCUGAACAAGAUGUACAGUGAGCGUGGUUCCCUUAUAAGCCAGUGUGAGGAUGAGGCGCGAGGCAAACUGAGGGCCAUGCAGGGACAGUUGGCUUCCAAACGCGAUGACCCAGCGUUUAUGAGGAAGCUGCGCAGUGAACAGAGCAAGGUGCGAGAGUUGCAAAAUGAAACAACCAUUGAGGAAAUCAUAAGAGAGAGAAGCUUGAAGGUGUUUGAGGAGAAAUGCCGCCACUUCUACAAACCGCCCCCUAAACCUGAAUGACUGCCCUCACCCCUGCCAACCCUGCCAGCACCCUCACUACUACAGCACCAAUAGAGGGAAAGCCACACCCUUCAAUGUCCGAAUUUUUUUACAAACACAAAAGUAAAAGUUAUUCUCAGGGUGAAGAUUUGGUGUUCUGUCAUGUUCUUCAGUGCUUGUUCUUCCAAAGGGCUAUAGGGGGUUACUAUCUUCAGGGAUGGAGGUUCUGUUCAAGCUCUGUUCAGUUGUGGGUGUUCAUUUUUUUUUUUUUUUAAGUAAGAGAGGCGAGAGUGUGUGCCAUAUUUAGAAACAUUUCCUUCUCUCACAGCGACUAUUUGUAAAGGCCGCAGAGACAGUUAGCUGAGUUCUAAAGGUAAUUUGCCCUGUUGGUAAUGCAGAAACCUUAUUAACAUGGCACUAUUAUUACAGAAAUGUCCUUAAAUACUGUAACUUCAAUUAGAACCCUUUAAAAAUUGUGGAGGUGAGGCACAGAAAUGUUUCAGAAUAUGGGCCAGUGUAAGACAGCGAUAGACAGCAACAGACAGCGAUAGACAGCUUGGCAUCACCACAAAUUGUACAUUUCCAUUGAUCAUUGUCCAUCUGCCAACUCCUCUUCUCCUUGUCAAGUUGUAAUAAUGUAAUGUUUGUAUUUACUUUGUACCACGGGAGGCUCUUGUAUAGUAAACUGUUAGACUUCA